CCCCGGCGCGCCUGGGAGGGUUAUCAGGCUCCCCACACACACCGCAGCUUCCUCGCGCGCCUGGCGCGAGCGACCCGGGCGGACCAGCGCCGCCUCCGAGCCCCCGAUCCCAGUCCCCUCCUCCCACUCCCGGCCCCUGCGCCUCCGGCUCUUCCCCCACCCGCGCGGCGGCGCCCCCCGCGUUCCAGGUUCCAUCCCGGGUUGGACCUGCUGCUCUGCUCAUCCCCGCACUCAGCCUCUCGGUAAGCCCAGAAGUGGAAUCUGCACACUGAAACUCCGGCGGCUGGAGCCGGCGGACUGGGCAUGCUCAGAAGCCAGGGCUGGCUUGGGUCUCAAGUAGGAAGCUCUUGCACUCGGGAGGCAGCGGCGACUUUGGGGAAAGUUGAUCGGAGAGGGGAGGAAGCCCCAAGACGCGGAGCAGCGGCAGGAAGGAGCCCCCGGCAGCCCGGAGGAGCAUGGGCACCCUGCGGGAUUUACAGUACGCGCUCCAGGAGAAGAUCGAGGAGCUCAGACAGCGGGAUGCUCUCAUCGACGAGCUGGAGCUGGAGUUGGAUCAGAAGGACGAACUGAUCCAGAAGCUGCAGAACGAGCUGGACAAGUACCGCUCGGUGAUCCGACCAGCGACCCAGCAGGCGCAGAAGCAGAGCGCGAGCACCUUGCAGGGCGAGCCGCGCACCAAGCGGCAGGCGAUCUCCGCCGAGCCCACCGCUUUCGACAUCCAGGAUCUCAGCCAUGUGACCCUGCCCUUCUACCCCAAGAGCCCACAGUCCAAGGAUCUUAUAAAGGAAGCCAUCCUUGACAAUGACUUCAUGAAGAACUUGGAGCUGUCGCAGAUCCAGGAGAUUGUGGAUUGUAUGUACCCGGUGGAAUAUGGCAAAGACAGUUGCAUCAUCAAAGAAGGAGAUGUGGGGUCACUGGUGUAUGUCAUGGAAGAUGGGAAGGUUGAAGUUACAAAAGAAGGUGUGAAGUUGUGCACCAUGGGUCCAGGAAAAGUGUUUGGAGAGUUGGCUAUUCUUUACAACUGUACUCGCACAGCGACUGUCAAGACUCUUGUAAAUGUGAAACUCUGGGCUAUUGAUCGGCAAUGUUUUCAAACAAUAAUGAUGAGGACAGGACUCAUCAAGCAUACCGAGUAUAUGGAAUUUUUAAAAAGCGUUCCAACAUUCCAGAGCCUUCCUGAAGAGAUCCUUAGCAAACUUGCUGAUGUCCUUGAAGAGACCCACUAUGAAAACGGGGAAUAUAUUAUCAGGCAAGGUGCAAGAGGGGAUACGUUCUUUAUCAUCAGCAAAGGAACG